UUUAAAAAUGAAUUUGUAAAUUCGAACUAAAAUAUGUAAGUGUGGAAAAAUAAAUUGUAAAUUAAUAAAUUAAGUAAAUAAAAAAAUAUGACUAAACUUAAAACUGCAAGCAAAAAUUAAAAGAUUUAAAUUAAGGAGAACACACUGAAACAAGUUUCGGCUGAGUUUACCUUUCUGCUCCCCGCCUCUGCAUUCAGUCCAGAGAUUUACGAUUACGUUCAGUUUUUUUUUUCGUUUACGAAGCUGAGCCUGAUUUUAUGAGGGGGCGGGCUUUGUGCUCAUUGGCUACAUGGAAAAUAAUUGACAUCCAGGUGAAAGCGCCUAGAUUUGACGUCAUUUCCGGCCGUUCAGUGUGGCGCGGCUGUUAACGCGGCAUCGGAGCGGUGUGAGCUGGCCAGCGGCGGUGUAUGGCGCGAUGGAUGACCGACGUUCAUCUGCAGAAAUGUUGGAGAAGCAGGUUAUGGCCAGGCUUCUUCUGAGAGUUGAAGAGGCAAGUCGUCAUCCAUUGGAUCUUCAUUUCCUGCAUUUUGUCUGCAAUCAUGAGCUGACUUUCAUCCAGUCACUUACCAACCAGAUUUCCAUUCCUCAAGAUGUGAUAAUGGCCCUGUCCAACCUCAGUGAAGUGGUGGCUGCAAAACUUGAAGAAGGGACUGUACAUCCAAUAGGCACAGAGUUGGUUGAAGGAAUUACAGGCCAACAGAAAUACAUGGUCAAUAAAGAGUGUCUGCAGAAUUUAGUAGAUUUGGAUCUAUCGAUCCCAAGCAUAUCAGCUGUUAUGGGCAUUUCGAAAUCAACAGUUAAACGUGCACUACGUGAAAAUGACAUAUCUAUAAGAAGAUCAUACAGCAGUAUUUCAGAUGACCAACUGGAUGAUAUUGUGGGAUCUAUUAAGAUAACAGCACCAAACAUUGGGUCGCGGAUGCUAAAGGGAAGACUACGUGCACUUGGUCAUCGCAUUACAUGGACAAGGAUAUGGGCAUCGUUGAAGCGUGUAGAUGCUUUAGGUGUGGCGACCAGAGCCACACGUGUUGGAUGUGUGGUCAGGAGAUCCUACACUGUGCAGGCGCCACUUUCCUUGGUUCAUGUAGAUACAAAUCAUAAACUCAUAAGGUAUGGGUUUGUCAUAUUUGGAGGCAUAGAUGGCUUUUCUAGAAAGAUCAUGUACUUGGAUGCCUCAACUGACAACAAAGCAUCUACUGCCCUUGGAUUGUUUUUGGGAUCUGUUGAGAAGAAUGGACUUCCCUUGCGGGUUCGAGGAGAUCAGGGAGUAGAAAAUGUGGACAUUGCAAGAUAUAUGUUCACAGUACGUGGAUGUGGAAGAGGAAGUUUCAUGUCAGGAAAGAGUGUUCACAAUCAGCGCAUAGAAAGACUAUGGCGGGACCUGUGGAUGGCAGUCACAAGCACAUACUACCAUAUGUUGCACAGCCUUGAAGAGGAGGGUUCACUGGACCCCACUAGCUAUCUACACCUUUUUGCUGCCCAUUAUGUGUUCCUACCCCGACUACAGUUAGAACUGUGCAGCUUCAUUCAUGGAUGGAAUAAUCAUCCUCUCCGAACAGAGCAGAACCUGACACCAAACCAACUCUGGGAGAUAGGGCGGGCACAAAAUCCAGUCUGCUCAGCAGAACAUCAACAGCACGAUGUUGAGCAAUGUCCUGCAGUUGUUGAAGAUGGGGAAGAACUUCCAGGUGUUGUGGUCCCACCUGCGACAUGUCCUCUCACACAGCAGGGUCUUGAAGACCUCAGAGCCACCAUCAAUCCCAAUGGACCAUCAGAUGAUUAUGGACGAGGACUGUACAUCUCUGUUGUAAACUACGUUGAGCUUCACAGCUCACUCUAAAAUGCAAAAUGUCAUUGCAAGGCGUAAGUUAUUAAAAGGAUAAAUAAACAUGUAGGCAUAUUUGAAACAUCAAUAAAUUAACUACAUACUUUG